AUGGCUGAUGAAGCAUCCAGUUCAUGUGAUAUGCGACGUAACUUGCGAAGCCAUUCGGUAAACUGGAUGCAUCAUGGAGCGGAAGAUUUUGAAACAAGUUAUGAUAAUAUCGAUAUAAUGCAAUGGGAAGAUGAUGAUAUUGCUUUACAUAUGGCUGCUAGUAGAUCUUGUUUGCUAUCUAAUCGGCCAACAACACAAGAAAUGGAUGCAUUUCCGGAGCUAAAAAAUAGUCGUGGAAGUACUGCUUUAUACUUGUAUUUGAGAAACAAAUUGUUACAAAUGUGGCAUUAUAAUCCACGAAAAGAACUUACACUUCGGGAUUUUAUGAGUGAAUUAUCUUCACCGUAUGAUAGUGACCCAUUAUUUAUUCGUCGCAUUCACGAAUUCCUUCAACGUUUUGGUUACAUAAAUGUGGGCAUCUUUGAUCGCUUAUCUGUUCCACCGAGAACUUUUCCAAAACGGGUAAUUGUGAUUGGCGCUGGUAUAGCUGGCAUUAUUGCGGCACGACAGCUCAAUUCUUUCGGUUUAGAUGUAAUUCUUUUGGAAGCUAGAUCUCGAAUUGGUGGUCGCGUAUCGACAUAUAUUAAACCACUUACUGGCACCGCAAGUACGGACAGCAAAAAUCGAGAUCAUAUUGUUGGAGAAUUAGGCGCAUCCUUCAUGUACGGAACAUUUGGAAAUCCGCUGAUGACGUUAUGCAAACAGUUUGAAAUUAGAUGUAUUCCUGUUUGCCUUGAUCAGUGCCCAAUAUAUGAUCCAACUGGCAAAGCAAUUGAACCUCGACGAAUACGAUUGGUUGAGCGCGCAUUCAACAAUAUUAUUUCUGCUUCAACGUAUAUGGCACACGUUAAAGGAAUUACAGAAAUCAACGGACGUAAAUUAAGUUUAGGCGAAACUUUUACUGUCAUGUUAAAAGAACAAGAUUAUCGACUGCAAACCAGACGUAUUUCUUAUUUUGCAUCAUAUGAAAAUGUGCUGAAUAAGUUGAAAGUCGUUCAGGAUACGAUGAUUCUCAAGAAGGACGAAAUAAUGCGAUUACAUGCUGCUUACGAAGAAUUGAAAGCAAAAGAAGGAUGUACCGAUUUAAGCGAGGAUGAGCAAAUGGAAAAUGAAAUCAUGCUGAAGUGUGCUGUCAAAGAUAUUAAUGAGGCUAUUCAGGUUCAGAUUCUGAGCUAA